AUGCUGGCUGGCUCACCUCAGACGCGCCUGGUGCUCAAACAGUCUUGCGACGGCAAAAUCAGAGCGAAAGCUACCAAUGAUCAGCAUACCAUCACGUACGACGUGAAGGACUCUGACGACUUACGCGAGCUCGAAAAGGCAUUGGGCAAAUUUCUGCGGCAACUUUUUUAA